UUUGUAACAAAAAAUAAAAGUUUUUGCACUAAUUUUAUCGAAAGCACAGUUGCACACUCAACAGAAAAAUCAAUGCUUAUAUAACUGUAAGUAAAUGAACCGAGAUUUUAAAUCAAAAUCAAUUUAAAGAAAAUUAAUUUAAUGUUCUACAUUAUUAUAAAAAAUAAUUUUCGUGUCAAAAUUACUGAUAGUAAAAUGAUCUCGUUGCUCACAAAUAGAAGUUUUAAUGCUUUUAAAGAGUUGUAAGUAAUGAAACAUUAAAUUUAUGGUAUGUUCAGCAAAAGUACCUGAAUUUUAUUUUCCAAACUUCAUAGCCUUGCUGAAGUUAUUAAAACCUUUUGCAAUAAAAAUUAUUGUAUUGGUAAAGUUCAAAACAAACUUAUUUAAACGUUUAACAUAAAAGUGAUUAAUAUUAGGCUGAUAAUAAGAAAAAAGCCGCCAAAUUUAAAAAUUUCAUUUGAGAAACCAAUAAAAUAUGUAAGAUAAAAACCCUAUAAGGAACCAAAAUGACUCUUUGUAUAUCUAUUAUCUAUGAUGACAACCAUGAUGACAACCAUGAUGACAGCCAAACGAUUACUAUAUAACCUCAAAUAUACAGCAAAUCAAUUUAAGUUACUCAGUACAUUAAAAAAUAAAUUAGGAAUGGGUCAGUGGGAACAAGAAAAGCAAAAAUUCUUGGCAAUGCCCAUCGAGGAAAAAAGAAAGUUAUAUAAAUCAAAAGGAUCGUUUGUAACUAUUUCCGACAUACCGACUUGGAAAGAGUACGCUGCCAAAACAACUCUACCAAAAAAGGCAGAAAUUCUACCCUCCCAAAAAAUAGAUUCGUCAAAAAAUCAGUCCUUAGUAGACUUGGUGUCUAUAUAUAGAGGCGACAUUACGACUUUAGAAGUUGAUGCUAUUGUAAAUGCAGCAAAUAGCUCUUUGCUGGGUGGAGGUGGUGUUGAUGGUGCCAUACAUAGGGCUGCUGGACCUCUUCUAGUAGAAGAAUGUAAAACUUUAGGUGGCUGCCCUACUGGAGAAGCAAGAAUCACUGGGGGUUAUUUGUUACCGGCUAAAUACGUUAUACACACUGUAGGCCCUCAAGGAGAGAAGCCAGAUCUGCUUGCUAAAUGCUACAGAAAUAGUUUGAACUUGAUGAAAGAAAAUAAUCUGAAGACUAUUGCUUUUUCAUGUAUUUCAACAGGGGUUUAUGGAUAUCCACAAGAACCAGCAUCUAAAGUCGCAACUUAUGAAGUAAGGAAAUUUUUGGAAAGUUAUCCUGGAACUAUUAGUCGCGUGAUUUUUUGUUUAUUUAAUGAAGAAGAUGAAAUGUUUUAUACACAAAUAUUGCAAUCCUUAUUUCCAUUAAAGUAAAUUAUACAUUAAUACAUAUGUCUGUAAUCUUAAACAUUGUUAAUAUUAUUUUCUUUUUCUUUUAAUUAACUAAUUUCUGGAAAUAAAUAACCAGCUCUUUUCUCAA